GUGAUUUUUGCUGUUGCAUAUUUCAGGUGAAAUCGUUUUUUAAUGAUGUAUUCGCAAAUACAAAAAAAUUUCCCAACAGUAUUCAAAAUCUUGUUAAAAAAGUAUGUUAGUUAUUGAUAACAAACAUGCGGUGGAUUUCGUCUUCUUAGUUUACUGUUGGAAGAUUCCAUUCACGUGACAAAAUGAGGCAUCAAUAUCGAUCUGAAAGUAAUCGAAGCUGAUAAUUCACUUCUACAAAUAUAAGGAAGUAAUAAUACUAGAAUUUCUUCUUUCUUAAUCUGUACAAAUUCACAGUAAUGAAGAAAAUAUUAAUGAACACAUCGACACAUUCAAAUCAGUCCAAUUCAAGUCAACCAUCAUUAUUUCCGUUGGAGAAAUUUAAUAAAUCAUCAUCCAACCUUAAUAAUAUAGCCUACCAAAAAUAUAAAGUGUUCUAUGAACGUUUAUAUAAGUGUUUAUGUUAUUUGAAAACUGAAAAUUAUAAACUGCUUGAAAUGAUACGUAAUAAACAGUGUAUAAAACUUGACUAUACAAAAACAUUGAAUGAAUUCCUGGAUGAAUUUGCCUAUAAGGUGGCAAAUAAAAAGGAAGCAUAUGAAAAAAUGUUAAUCAGCCAAGCUAUGAAAGAAGGUCAGCAGACAUUUAUGGCAAAACGGUGGAAAGUACGCUAUUAUAGCUUAAUGGAAUUAGGUUUAUUGAUAGAAAAGUUCUUGUUAAGAGAAAACAAUCAGAAAACUGAUCAGGAGGAAAGAACAGAAGAGGCAAAAACAAAGGUCACACAGACAGAACAAAAUCUAAAAUUGAUCAGAUUUUUUGACGAGAUCUUAAAAUUACCAUGGUCGAAAAAUCAUAUAUCGAACAAGGAGAUUUUCUCUGCUGAUAAUGAUGUCGUCAUGCUGAAUGAUCAUUCCUCUCCACUUCAUUCACCGAAACAAUCAGAAACAGUUGGAAUUAAUUUAAGCUGCUUAGACUUUAUUGAUUUUGACAAGGUUAGGUUAAACCAACCAGACUGCAGUUGUGUAUCUUCUACAUAUGAAUAUAAUGACUUCAUUAUACCUAUAUCAAGCAUUUUUAUCCAAGACUUGUUAGCCAAUCAUAAUUUGUGCACAGAAGAGAUUAAACAACAGAAUGAUGUGAAGUAUCGUUUGUUUCAUCUAUUGAAAAGAACCAAAGAACAACGGAAUCAGUUGAAGAAAUAUGUAAUGGAACAACAAGAAAAGAUACAGAUGUUAAGUAAAAAUAUAAUCGAAACAGAAAGAAUAAUAUCUAAAUCACAAGCGGUUGAUGCAAACCAUCAAACAGUCAGUGGAAAGGAUAAUUUAACACCUGCCGAUGUGGCUGACCAGUCUACCUUUCCAUACUGGAAAACUGAAAGUGAUAAAGUAAAUGAACACGAAGAUGAGCACACUUUGCAUUUGAAAUAUUUACAAAAUGAAAUUGACUAUUUGGCAUUUCGUAAACGAGAACUUCAAGGUAUGUUGUCUGAGGAAGAACAAAAAAGAAAGCUGUUGUUAAAGAAAAUGCAUAAUCUUGUCAAUACAGUACAUGUCAUAUGUCGCAUUAAACCAAAUCCUAAUAAUUAUCUGCAAAUUAUAUCAGAUGACAAAAUUAUUAUACCAAAAACAUUGGUUGUUUCCACACCUAGACAAAUAGAAUACAAAAAGAGAGAUAAGAAUACCGAUUCUACCACUUACACAAUUAACAGUGCUAGUCAUCUACGUUGUUUCAUUUUUGACAAAGUAAUUGGACCAGAUAACAGUGAAUAUAAUGACUUGAUAAAGCAAAUAGGGACGUCAGUUACAGACUGUCUAAAAGGACUUAAUCUAGGAAUAAUGGUUUAUGGUUCAAAAAAGAGUGGAAAAUCAUUUACAAUGUUUGGUACACUUGAUAAUGAACAAACGACUAUGGAUACUAAAUCUAACUUAGGUGGAGUAAUGUAUGACGUUACAAACGUAUUGCUAACGUCAAUCAACCAGAAAACAGUAGACAACUGGAGUUAUACCGUACGUGUACAAAUCCUGUCAGUGCGAGAUGACAGUGUGACAGAUAUUUUUAGAGAGAGGAAGUCACCAAUGUUUAAUACAAUGGAACCACGCGUUAUUGAUACUACAUUUAGAGAGAAUGACCGUAUCCAGAUUUCUUCACCGUCAUCGUGGGAAGAGUUCGAACUCAAUACAACCGAAGACCUUUAUCAUUUAGUCAAGUAUGUACAGGAAGUAGAAUAUCAGAAUAAGAAAUGUACCUCUUCGACGGAAUCAGAAUCCCAAACCAAUGGACAUUUGUUAGUCAGAUACAUGAUAAAAGGUACUAAGUCAUCUACAGACCUGUUACCAGCUGUGGAAUCAAAUAUAAUUCUGGUGAAAUUAGCCAGUUGGGAACUGAAGAGUGAAGCCAACAUUUAUGACAUUUCUGACUUUGAACAAGAGGCAAAUGACGCAACAGUUAAAUAUCAUAUUGGUUGUCAAGAUUUACAUGAAAAAAUGUCCAAGCCGAAAUCAUUAUCACCGACCAAUGUGAAUAAGUCUUUGUCCACGCUGUCAAGAGUGUUUGUCUCACUAAGAAAACGUAAACUUAAUCCACCAUUUCAUGAAUCUUAUUUAACACAUUUACUGAAACCAGUCCUAAGUGAUAAUGCUGUGUGUUUCUUAAUUUUGACCAUUGAUACUCAUCCAGAAUCACAUGAAUUAACUAUGUCAAGUCUACAGUUUGUACAGAACGCAGUUUUGGCUAACACAGCUAACCUAUCAUGCCAUACUUCAAAGUUGGAAGUCGAAAGUUCGGUUUGCUAGUUCCAUUCAUACAACUUGCCUAGUAAAUAUGAACAGCACUUGUCAUAUUAAUUUUCUACUGUGUUUUUUAAACGUCAUUUACCCAUACUUUGAAUAGUUUAUGUAACUUUUCUAAGCUAAAAG